UGUGACUGGUCUACCUCAGUCAACCACCCUUCAUCACCUGUCUUGUGCAGGAGCAACUUUAAGACCUAGAGGAUGAUCAAAUUGCAGUUCAAAGUCAUGCAGUGUUUAAUUUGAUUUUUAAGGUUUUCAGGUUUGAUCUCAGAAACUGUUUUCCAAAUUCAUAUGGGGGUGGAUUUUUUGUAACUUACAAUUUCUGUUAUGAAAAGUAUUUUGAUUGCAUUUAUCUCAUACAUGGUGACUUAAAAAGGCUACAGUAAUUCGAUCUGGAGGCAUUUCAAGAUCUGGUUGAUGUCAGGAAUACUUUGAGGAGUCAGUUUCUGGAAUCUUAUCUGGAAAAAGGAAAAAUAAUUCCUCAUACUUUUUUAGCCUUCUACAGUUUCUUUUAGAAAUCCUAUGGGAACAUAAAAUGAUUGAAAAAUAGUUCAUUGAAGCACCUGGCAUCGAAGUUUUGCUGGUGGCAUCAUAGAGAGAUGCGACCCCCAUGCCAUUGGGAGCACUGGAUGGAGGACUGCAGAACACUAAAAAACCUUGAGCAGAAGAUGAGAAAGCUCUCGGUGUAAAAUUAAUCUGAGAACACCAGAAAUAACACCUGUAUGUUACAGGAUGAUGCCUUCAACGACUGGCUCCAUGACUACCCUAGAGAAGAUACCUUCUUCACACUGCUCAGGUCUACAUGUUGCCUUUCUGCCCAGCUACGAGAAUGGAAAGGCUUCAACUGACCUCAGCAGGCUGCAAUGGAGAAAUGAGUUACUGAGGCUCCAGUAAGCAUUGAGGAACGUGACAUCCAGGAGAAGAUUGACUUUGAGAUCCGGAUGCGUGAGGGCAUCUGCAAACUGCUGGCAGUGAGCACCCAGAAGGACCAGCUCCUGCGUGCGGUCAAGAGCCUGAUGGUCUGCAAUGCUCGGAUACGGGCGUACAGGACACAGCUACAGAGCCAUGCAGGAGAGCCAGACCCGUGCAGAGCUGGAGAGCAGUCUUCAGAAAAUGGGACAAAAGACCGGGUGGCAUGCAGAGCAAAGGUUGCCAUAUCAGAUAUUCGGAUACCAUUAAUGUGGAAAGGCUCUGAUCACUUCAGCAAUAAAGAAAAAUCACAGCGCUAUGCAGUUUUUUGUUUGUUCAGAAUGGGAGCUGAGGUUUUUGAUACUGAGGUGAUCAUUGUGGAUAAAGCAAUAACAGACAUCUGUUUUGAAAAUGUAACCAUAUUCGAUGAAGCAAGACCAGAUUUCCAGGUGAAGGUUGAAGUGUAUAGUUGCUGCACAGAGGAGUCUUUAUGUAUAACAAACACUCCUAAGAAACUAGCAAAGAAGCUUAAAACGUCCCUCAGCAAAGCUACAGGGAAGAAACUCAAAGCUGCCCUGGAAGAAGACAGCACUGAAUCCCUUUUGCCUGCUGACCCAGUCAUCCUUGAAGCAAAGUACAGUUUGCUGGCAUAUACCACUUUGGGGCUGGAGAGUGCCGAGGACAAUUUCAGGACCCACAACCUUACCAUUACAGGAAAUGAGGAAUCCUCUUUUUGGCUCCCCUUGUAUGGAAACAUGUGUUGCCGUUUAGUUGCUCAGCCCUCCUGCAUGGCCAGGGAUGUGAUGGCAGGAUUUCUAAAUCAGCAGCAAACAGUAGGAAGUCUAACGAGCUGGCAGAGGCUGUAUUGUGUACUAAGAGGUGGCAAACUCUUGUGUUAUUACUCACCAGAAGAAAUUGAGGCCAAGCUGGAGCCAGCAUUGACAGUUUCCAUCAACAAGGAAACCAGAAUUCGAGUCGUGGAUAAGGACUCCAGGAGGAGAACUAAUAACUUCUCUGUUAUCAACCCCGUGUCUGGAGAGGCUGUGAUGCAACGCUUUGCUACUGACAAUAGGGAUGAACUUCACAAGUGGAUGGAGGCUUUCUGGCAGCACUUUUAUGAUCUGAGCCAGUGGAAACAUUGUUGUGAGGAACUUAUGAAAAUUGAGAUUAUGUCACCACGGAAACCACCUUUGUUCUUGACAAAGGAAGCGACCUCCGUCUACCAUGAUAUGAGCAUUGAUUCUCCAGUGAAACUUGAGGGCUUAGCUGAUAUCAUACAAAGGAAAAUUGAAGAGAGUGAUGGUGAGUUCCUUCUUGACCAGCAAAAAGAGUCUGCAUCUGCCCUAUGGGCUUCACUCUUCGAUGGAUCUCAUGAGAUGACUGUUCAGAAGAACAUGCCUCUGGACCCAAAAGGAGAUACAAGUCCUAAUGACAGCAGAGGAAAGAAAAGAAGAGCUCCACCUCCACCCUCCCAUAAGUCACCAUACAGUGCAAAAGCACAGGUGAACACAGAACAACUGGGCAAAGAAAAAUGGGGGAAGCCUGACCACACAUCUACCAGUGGUUCUUCCCUUGAGUCAGUGUUGGCUACAAAAAUGCAGCAGCUGCAGACACCUGUUGCUGCUCCUCGCAAAAUCGGUCCUUGUAGAAAAAGCAGUUUAGCUGGUCAGGGGAAUCCCAUUUCUCUGGUUAACAAGAGCAGGUCUGAAACCAAACCAGUACCAACCCCUAGACAGAAAGGCAUCACAGAACUGCUAGACCCUAGGUCUUGGUUGCAGCCAUAGAUGACAUAAUUAACUUACAGAGUCCCUGGAAUUUAAAGUUUCUCAGCCUUCUACUAAUACUCUUGGUAAAAAUAGAUUUUAGCAUAUAGCUUUUCUGAAUUGAGGCUACAGUGUUUUUCUGUUUGCCAGGGCAUUACUGGUAGCUGCAGUCUCAGCUGUGCUCAUUAGCACUCACAUCUAAAUAAUAGCACUAGAACAGGGGAAGUUCUCUCUAUCUGGAAUAACGGAGCUAUUUAGGAAAACAGUGGUUUGGUACUUUCCUCUUGAAAAACCAGCAGUGUUCAGGGUAACUUCAGUGUCCCCACAGCCCAGGUGUUACUGACGCCUUCUAUCAGUCCCACAGCUUAGCCCAUCCACAGCUCCUGAGACUACUUCAAUUGGGAGUUCACACACCUUCAGCACAGAUCUUGCAAAACCAAUUUUCUUGGGCUUCACGCUUGGCUUAACCUAAAAUAUCCUUAUCUCUCCCUCAUUGUUUGGGAACCACUGCUUAUAUGGUAAUCUACCAUGAAAAGUUACUGCGCCGUUCUGAACACUCCGUACGAAUUUCUGAGGCAGUUCUAUCAAGUAUUGUGGGAUUUCCCAAGUUCUUGCUGGUUCAUGUGCUGUCCGAAUGGGCCAGGGUUAUCUGUCUAUGAGCAAGGAUAUGAUCCAUCACUGCUGCUUAUUUUGGACUAACACUGUUCAGAAGCAGUGCUGUGUAUGAGCACUCAGGAUUUCAUCUCAUGGUUGUUUUUCCUGAUCAGUGUGGCUCUGUAGCACAGCUUCUCCUUUGUGGAGCCCCUCAGCUGCUCCUGGUAGGGAGCUGGUUUGUAAACAUGGCAAUGUUACUGGUAAACAAACAGGGAUUUUCACCACUUGUUCUUUCUGCAAUUGCAGGGAAUAAAUACUUCAGGUGAAAAUACUGAACUUUGAUAUUCUUCCCUCAGACUGUUCACAGUUUCUGCAAGAAGCAUGGGUUGUCAGGGUUCCUGUGGCACCUGCAAAACAUCUAUUGCAUACAGAAAAUCUGUGUUCUUCUGGAUCCACAGCUUAAAUACCCAACCCUUUUCUUGGCUGAUGCGUUUAUCUAAGAUGCUGGAAUUCAUCCACCAGCAAAGGUCUGCCUGCAGUUCUCUCUCUAGAGCCUUGGUACUCAGACCUGUCUUGAGAGGAUCAUAUCAGCAGCUGUAUACAUACAGUUCUUUAUUUAUUUUUUUUUUCCUAAGUGUGGAUGGCUUUGGGAGCUUUACCGUUUCUCCAGAAGGUAGUGUGGGUUGGUUUGGUUUAUCUAUUUUUUUGUCUUCUGCUAAGCUCUUGGCUGCACAGCUGUAAAGGUAUCUGCUGAAUUCCCUCAGUAGUUCAUUGGCUAUAUGGGAUAGGGCUUGAGAGGCAGGUUUCAUUUACAGAUCCUUCCAUGGGAUUAAAGCCCUUUGUUUCUAGAAUGUCCUUGUUCAUUCUUCGUUUAAUCACAUUCCAUUUUCCCUCCGAAACAACCAUAAUCAUUCUUACAAUAAAUCAUGCUGUUACUUAAGUGGAUGGUUUGUGAAUGGUUUAUAAAUAGGAACAGAAAAACUGAAGAAUAACUACAUGAUUAUGUAAAUCAGGCAGUCGACUAAGUGGACUGCACAACUCUGAACAAGAAAUAGGAAAAAUAAAGGGGGGGGGAAGCAUAUUUUCCAAAAUGCAGCUUAUUUAGCUUUAAAUCUAGUCUUAAACGCUGCUGUGCUCUGAAAGAAAAAAAUACCUUUUUCUUGGUAACCCCCUUCCAUUUAGUGGUUAUAUUUAAAAAUAAAUCUCAUAAAUAUAUAAGGCAAGAAGGCACCAUAAUGAGGAUUUAUUUUUAAAUUCAACAGGCCAUUGAAUUUCAAUGAGCAGUUUCUCUAUUAAAUUCGGUGGCUUUGUUUUGAACUGAACAUACAUAUUUUAGCAAGGCAUUUAAUAUUAAUUUGAAGUCUUCAAGUGAUGAGAAUUCAGUUAUGCCUCCUGUUGCAAUAGUUAAUUACCCCAGGUACAUUUUUCACUUGAUUUUCUAUUUGCAUUUCUAGCUCCACCUUAAGUUAUUUUGGUCUUUUUAUGCAUUUGAUUGCUUAUAUUGAUCUCUGUAGUAUCAGCUUUUCUAAUUGCUUGUGUGUAGCUGUAAAUCAUGAUUAUGUCCCUUUUAACCUUUUCUCUGAUGAGACGUACUGAAUUCCUUAACUUUCUUGUUGCAGUGAAUGUUAUCCAAGACUAAUUAAUCUUCACGUUCUUCUCUGUACUUCUCACGUAUAGAAAUAUUUUUAAGGCUGACAUCUGAAUGAGAUGUCAAUAGUGAUCCAUCAGGACUGUAUAGAGACACAACGUGAUCCUCUUACUCUGAUGAAUAUCUCCCUCUCCUCUUUCUUCAAAAAUUGCAUUAUGCUUUUUUUUGUGGAAGCAUUACCUUGGAUGCUGACUUUUAUGGCUCAAGGCUUCUUCGGAGUCUUUCUCAAGAAUGCGGUACAUCAUCCUCUUAUUAUCCUACCUUAUAUUUUCUUAGAUAUACACACUGUAUUUUACCAGCACUAAAAUACUGCUCAUGAAGUGAUCCAGAUUGCUCUGUAUAAGUGACCUGUCCUCAUUCUUUACUACUACAGCAGUCUGCAUGUCCUUUGCAAAUUUAUUGCAAGUGAUUUUUACAGUUUCUUCCAGAUCAUUGAUUUUUAAAAUUGAAUGCAAGGCAAGGUUUAUAGAGAGAGGUGGUAAGUUUUUAUUACAUUAGUGACAUGGGUAGGAGGUUGGGGAAAAGGAAACAGACAGGCCACUGAGUUGCUUUCAUCCCAGAGCCUUUAGAAAAUUGAGUAAGAUGGAAAACAGCUAUACUUGUUGCUGAAUUCCUAUUAAUACUGUAUUUUGAAAUUAGUUUUCUGUCUUCAGCAAAACAUUCUAUAUUUAUUUGAUCUAGUACUGAUAUUUUUAGGGAAAUUACAUGUUCACUGGUUUGCAGUAGGUGACUUAGGGUUCUUGUGGGUAACACCUCAGUGCAGGUGUCUUUGCAAGCCAAGCUUACUACAUCAGAGAGUGAAAUGCAACCUGUUGUUCAAGACCAGUUCUCCAUGAAGAUAUGUUUAUUUAUAUUUUAUAUCUAUCCUUAAAUUAGACUCAUGUGGGCCAGUUCAUGAUAUUGCUGUGAUCACCACUAAACAAACUAGGCCAUUAAUUACCCUAAUCAUCCUGCUUCAGAACUAUAAAAUCCCUAUUAUGAAGCAACAGUUGACUUCAGGUUUUAGUAUUUAUUGUUGCUGACUUAGUCUUCCUUUUUUUUCCCCCUAUUCUGUAUUGCCAUUAUUGCCUUUGCAUUUUCUGUUAAGCAAGAUGGUUUAACUAAUAAAACCUGCAGGCUACCAGCCAACACUGGUCUUAGCUGUACAGUAAAGUCAGUUUUAGGAAAUACAUUUGUACUCAGCUUUUGUCUAUGCAAGAGAACAUAGAUAUUAGUAAUAAAAGCAGAGCACAAUUUUAGGAAUAUAAUUAGAAGAUACAUCUGUGAGGAAAAUUGAUGGGUUUUGUCUUUUCCAUAUAGUUUCAAAUUGUAGUACUUUAUUACUGGUACUGGUCCCUUUUCAUUGCAUAGACUUCUUCAGAAAUUAGAACUAUCAAUUAGGUUCUUUCACAAGUUUUCCUGACCAUAGUCAGGAUGAAUAUUCAAAACAGGAAUUAAGACCAGUAAAACAUCGUAAUGUUUUAGAUUUGGUGCUGAUUCAGGUCCCAGGCUGUGAGGUUUGAAGGGUGAUGGUCAUUGAAUCCCAUCUAUUGGCAGCACAUGGAGCUAGGGAACUCUUGACUUUUGUCCUUCCAAGGGGAGGUGAGGGGAGUCAAGAGGCAGAAGGUACCUGUUCCAUAGGGGAAAUGCUACUUCUGGGCAGUGAAAGAGAAUGUAACCAUUAUACCAUCUUAUCAGCUGCACUCAAUCAUGAGGGUGCUUAGACUGCAUGACUCAAAAUAUCAGGGAUCAAAACCCAAAAGUCACUUGAUAACGCAUGUAAAUGAUGAUGAAAUAGGAAAUACUUCACAAAGGCGCAGGAGGCAUUAGCCAGCCUCCUACUGGGAUGAGGCUUGGAGGAGGGCAGGAGGCCUGUGGCCUGUGGCUUCUCCCAGCCCUUGCAUCCUAUUCCCCACAUUUGUGCAGGCAAGCUGGAGUGCUGCUGCCUGACAAGGAAUUCCAUGGAAAAAUGGUAUUUGUUCAGAGACCCUGAGCCCGGAACAAAUGGCUCAAGAGACGCAGUAUACCACAGGGAAAACACUGGUGGCAUCUGCUGAACUACAUGUGAAGAGGUACUUCUCUGAGGAACAUGUCAGGCCUGCUCUGAAAACUGUACCUUCUUGUUCGCUGGUGGAACGAGUUAAUGCUGCUUAAAAGCAAAAUUAAGUACUUGAAUUACUGUCUUGAAGUCGGGCAGAGAUAGGAGUCAGCCUGAACUGCUUUUUUAGGAAAUACAACUUGAAAGUAAUUGCUAGUCCAAACUUGAAUAUAAAUUUCAUGGAACAUGAACAACUUUUGAAAUAUUGACUGAACAAAGCCUUAAUGUGGUAACUUCUUAUAUUUAGCUAAUGUUUUCAGCUGUUUACUUGGUCUUGGAAUGGUAGACGGUACCUUUUUUGAUUUUAAAGGCAUUAGCUUCAAAUGUUUACAUUUUUACUAGUAUUGUGAUUUUUUUUUCCUAUGAUAAUAAAACUAACAUUUUAUAGAGGUUUGUACAUAUUUGGAAAUGCUGUCCUAGUAUUCACAGGUGAUAGGUAAUUAAUGCAGAUUGCCUUAAUAGAAAAAUGCAGAUUUGGACACUAACGUAUUGUGAAAUGUUAGAACAGAAAUCUUCCUUUUUAUUUUUUGCUGCUAGCAUAUUGUCGUUCUUUUAAAAUAUGCAAGUGAAAUUAAAAACGUUUCUAGAAUGAAAGGGGUUUGCUGUAGUUUUCUUCAAUCUGUAACUACAUUAAGCUUUGCUCCCGUGUAUAAACCCUGGGUGAUGGCUACUGUAAAAUCAGAGAGCUCAGGGAUAGCUACUUUUGCCCUGGGCCUGUUGUUACUGUGCCCCUCUAGGCUUGAACUGGCAACAGCAAACAGUAUCAGCCUCAGUUUUCUGAACUAGAGGAAGGGAGGAAAAACCAUUUAACUGGCCGAGCAGUCAGUGCUGGCUGCCAUGCAUUUACUCAGCAGAUGGGUCGCUGUGUGUAUAGGUAAAGUCAGAAACGUUACCCGAGAAGCACCUUGUUUCCACAACAUUUUAGUUCAGGUGCUAUCUUACUUCUCUCAUGGACUUUCAGGAAAACACGCCAUGAAGCAGAUUUACGUCAUUUCUGUCUGCUUUGUAAGGUGGCUUUAUAAAUGAACCACUGGCACUACUGAUCCCAUCCAUUAAUUGUUUUUCCUUUCACAGGCAGCCUUGUGCUGAAGGGGAGCUCCUGUUUGCCUCACUGGCUGGAGCUCAGUGUGGCUUUGCUAAUUCAAAGCCAACUGUGCCGCAAAAGUUUUAUAACUUUUGGCCCAGUUAUAAAAUAACUGUAAUAAAUGUAGAGGGAAUUGCUAGAUAUUUUAAUUUUGGGAUAUUUGACUGAUUUUAAGAGUCCAUAAAAAAACAAAGUGGGAUUCAUAAUUGCAAGGCAAGGCAAUGCAGAUGAGUGAUUUAAUGAAAGUCUUGCUGCAGCUAAAGCUGCUGCAGUUUGCUUUAAGGGAUCAUGGUAAUGUAAGAUAUGGUGAUCAUUUCAUAUAACCAU